AUGGUGGAAGAAUUUACAGACUGCCUCAGCGAAAAAGAAAUCAACGUCGCAUUGGUACGAAGUGAGUUAAAUGAUUUGAAACAACACAUUAAAUCAGAAGAAGACUACAUCGGAAAUUUAARACACGAAGUUAUUACGUUAGGGUAUGCAUUGGACGAAAAAAAUAAAACCAUACAAGAGAUGUCAAAAGCCCAAAGUAAACAGCACACAGCAACGCCGCGGUYCUCUUCGUUGAUAUCCGAUAAUCAAUUGCACAUUAUGAGUAAAUUAGAAGAACAAAUGGACCAACUACUAGACAGCUGUUUUGCCUGGAAUAAGACUAUAGUCGGUUAUGAGAAAGUGUUGUUCCACAUGCAAAAUUCCAUCCAACAACAGUCCGACAAAGGAAACAACCGGAUAUCUAUAUACCAACACCUUAAAGAUAUCGAGUACAAACUAACGUUGACGGAAAAUUUAGCCAAAGAAAAGGAAGUUAUUAUAUUCCAACUACAAAAUGAGAUGGAAGAUAUAAAAGAAAAAUGCAAUUUAAAAAUCACACACAUGGAAGACACAGAAGUUAAUUUGAGAAAUGAAAUUUGCAAUUUAAAGGAGAGUUUAAAACUGAAAAGUUCGCAUUUAAUGAUAGCCGAAAAAAUAGCAAGUUUACAGCUAAAAGAAUCUCUAACUACUAUUGACCAGUUAACUAACACCUGUAACAUUCAAUUAUUGAAAUUAAAUGACAUACAAAAUAAAACUCCCCAAAGAUGCUGCAAUACUCAUGUAUCUAAAACCAAUAAYAGAUUUCAGCAAAUGGAGGCUUUGGUUGACAACAUGUUGAAACUUAGUUUGGAGAAUAAAUUAAUGAAAAAACUUUGCAAAAUUCGAGAGGAAAAAAUUAAUUCACUUGAAAACAGUCCUAAUAGAUGUACAAGGCCAUCAAUAAAGAGAUCAUUUUUAUUAGAAUCCAAUACUAGUAUAAAAUUACACUAAGCCGUUGACCGAGAUCAUGUAAUGUAUAUUAUCAAUUUUGUAGCUUAUACUUUUUAUUUUUCAUUAAAGCUCUU